AUGAAUCCGAUGAAGAAUGGUGGUGGUUCAUCAAGAAGAACAGUUCUUGGAGGCUCGUCGUUUCUUGAAUUUGUCCUUCAUGUAUCACUUGCAUUACUCUGUAUUCUCUUAAGAGUAGUAAACGCUCAAACGCCGUCACUCGUCAUUACCAACAAUAGGCUCACCUCCAGAGGUUUCACAGGCAAAAUCUUAACAGCUACCGACCUUUCAGCAAGUCUUUCUUCAUCCACUUCGGGAAUCACACUCAUCAUUGUCAACUUCUUCAUAUUGAAUAUGAAAGGAGGACAUUUUGAAUACCUCAAUGGAAAUGCAUCCUUGUUCGUGAACUCUUUCACCUCUAACGACAUUCAACAAGGAAAGGUACUUUUCAUUCCCGAUGGUUACGUUGGUUCCACGAGUAGCACCAAUUCCCCAAUUGAAUAUCCAGCCUAUAACGUUAUUGCUCAAGGUACAAUUCAAACAGCCUCGGGAACUUCCGUCCUCAAUAGUACACUUUCAACAGCUCAAGUCACUUAUUCUAGAUGGUCAGAGCCAGCACUACCUCUCACAUGGACUUCAAUUUCUACCUCUGCUCCCAAACCAAUUGUCAUUAAUAGAUCCAAUACAACUCAUGCAUAUUUCGAAGUGACCAUGUUUAAGAGGAAUUUGGCUUUAGACGGAUUACCUGCUUCUUCUUUUCAUGUUGCUUUGCAGAGCGACAGUCUGUGUCAGACUUCGAGCAAUAUUGUGUUGAAUGCCUUAUCGGACGGUUUUGUAUUAGUGAAAGACAGUUCGUAUUCGCAGACUUUUGUUUUAGUACGUACUCUGCGAGACCAUUUAUCCGACUCCAAGGUUGUGAAAAACAUGGCAGGAGUUUAUAUUGAUGCAAAAACUACAAUUUUCACUUCAUACAUGCUCUAUGAUCCGACUGUAGGAACACUCACAUGUAAAACCAUAUCGUUCACUGAAGUGAUCAUUACUCAGGUGGAUCUCUCUUUGCAACCCAUUCCUUCUACAUCAAAUCCAGAUAUUAGCCUCACUCCAACUCGACUCGUAGUUUCAGACUCGUCACAAAUUGAAGUUGGUCUCUCAGUGAGAAUUGCAGGCCUCAACAAUGCAAAUAUUUUCAAUUGGAAUGUGAUUGGGCCUAAACAUUUUGGCGUCAAGUAUCCAAUCCUUAUUGAUGUCAAAUCUGAUGCCAAGUAUUGGAAGGUGAGUUUGGCGUCGAAUAAGGUCAACCCUGGUGAUGAUUAUAGUGGAACGUACAAGGUCAGUUUUGAAUCACAACUAAGCGGUCAGCCAGGAUCCACUCUAUAUGAAUUAUCCUUCUCGUUACAAUACGUUGUUCCAAAUAACGACAAUGCUGGAAAUGGUGGAAAUGGAGGAUUAAAUUUUGAUACACAAAUUGACACCUACCUCGACAACAAUUUCGCAACCAGUCCACCACAAACACAAUUCUACAAAGACAAUCUCAUGUUUGUCAAAGUUUCUACUAUCAUUGUACAAACCAGUGUUGGUGGUUUGUCACCAAUUCCGUCCUCUAAACAAGUUGCUCCUUGGAAUGUUUUUAUUUGCUGUACCAAGAAUUUACAAGCUAUUCCUAGUAAUCAAUGCAGACAAUUCGAUUCUUCAAUAAUGACUUACCAAAAACAGUUAGUUAUCAAUGGAACUGUUAGUAAUGAUACGGAUGUACGGUAUGGGUUCAAUUUCACCUAUCCAGAAGAUAUUUUGGGAAUUUCUGAUUGGGGUACAUUAAGGCACAUUUAUGCAUUCAGUUUGUUCUUGGAUCCACUUUUAACAGGGCAAGACAAGAGAUGUUUUUUUGCUGCUGACACAUAUUUGGUCAAUGCUGAUCUUCCAAUUUUGACUUCGUUGAGCAAAAGGAAUUCAGCAUCAAUAUCCAAGCCAUCUCGGAGAAAGCUUUCAAUUCAAUAUGGUGCCUCAAGUAGAAAGCACAUUGAAAUUACUCUCAGCGAUAGUAUGGCGAACGACAGAAAAUAUGUUAGGAGUUUACAGGCAGUUGCAGCAUCAUCUAAUAUGAUAUCCACCAGUACGAGAGCUUUUGAUUUGUUGGAACGAGUGGCGCCUCGUGGUUCUUCUUCCAAGAGUGUGAUCAAAUCUCCAGUUCCCUCCACAAAAGUACAACUUCCUUCCAUUCAGUAUAUUUGUGACAGUUUUGCCAUGCCAAGCAAACCAUUGCAUCUACAACAUUGGGUGAUGACUAUUGUGACUUCCUGUUGUAUUGGACUUUGUGGCAUCCAUCGAUUCUAUUUGGAUUCGGUGCUUUUAGGAAUUAUUUCUUUACUCACUGGUGGUAUUUUCGGAAUUUUGCAACUUGUUGAUUUGUGUCUCAUUCCGGGAAUGGUGGCCACCCUUAAUGCUAAAGAGCAGGGUACCACUAAGGUUGUGGUAGUUCAACAAACACAACCAGUAGCUCAACCUCCACCAACACAAGUUGUUGUUGUAAAUAAUAAUACUAACGUGAAUAAUUAA